AUGAAGAACGAGGAUCAAACAAGGUUUCUAUUUUGGAUAUCACUCUCCGAUAGGCCGGUUUGGCAACAAUUCCUCAUUUGUUCUUCAGGGUUCUUCUUUGGUUACCUUGUCAAUGGCAUUUGCGAGGAGUACGUAUACAAUCGUCUCCAAUUCAGCUAUGGAUGGUACUUCACCUUUGUACAAGGAUUUGUGUACCUGGGUUUCAUAUACCUCCAAGGUUUCACCACCAAGAAAAUGGUGAACCCAUGGAGAACAUACGUGAAGCUCUCCGCUGUUCUGAUGGGUUCUCAUGGAUUGACCAAGGGAUCCUUGGCUUGGCUCAAUUAUCCUGCACAAAUUAUGUUCAAAUCCACUAAGGUUCUGCCUGUGAUGGUAAUGGGGGCAUUUAUUCCUGGUCUGAGAAGGAAAUACCCAAUUCAUGAGUACAUAUCUGCAAUCCUCCUAGUUAUUGGUUUGAUCAUUUUCACAUUAGGGGAUGCAAAUACAUCCCCCAAUUUCAGCAUAUUGGGUGUGGUGAUGAUAUCUGGCGCGCUGAUUAUGGAUGCCUUCAUGGGGAAUGUGCAAGAAGCAAUCUUUACACUCAACCCUGACACCACACAGACAGAGAUGUUGUUCUGCUCAACAGUAGUUGGGCUGCCAAUGCUGCUUCCACCAAUGAUUCUCACCGGAGAACUGUUUAAGGCCUGGAAUUCUUGCGCCGAGCAUCCUUAUGUGUAUGGGGUCUUAGUGUUUGAAGCCAUGGCCACAUAUGUAGGACAAGUAUCUGUGCUAUCCCUCAUUGCGCUUUUCGGAGCUGCCACUACUGCGAUGAUAACAACGGCUAGGAAGGCGGUGACAUUGUUGCUGUCAUACAUGAUAUUUACAAAGCCAUUGACAGAACAACAUGGAACAGGGCUAAUGCUCAUAGCCGCAGGAAUCAUGCUGAAGAUGGUGCCAGAAAACCAGUUUGCCAAGCAUGCAAAGUCUAUCAAAGACGCCGUAUUGAUGAUGAGCCCAAAAGCAAAUGAAAUAGGGUUAGAAGUAGAUGAGGAAGUGAACAAGCCCUUGGUGUGA